CUAGGGCAUUCAAUUGCAGAUAAGUGACAAAAACGCCAGCCUAACAGCAUUUUUAUUAACAGAUGGUGGAAAACAAACGUCUUUGGAGAAGAACUGAAGGGGACAGGUUAAAAGGUCAAUAAACAAUUAUUGUGCUUAAACGGGGGUGUGGGGGUGUUCUCAUCAGAUUAGAUGAGGAGCCGCUGGCUCAGUGUGGGAGACGAGACAACCCAACAGACCUCAGAGCCAUUCCGAGGGACCACCUCAGAUGACGGGAGAGGGGUAUUUUUCGGCUGGACGGUUCCUACAGGACGUGGACUGGUCAAACCGUCGCAUCACAGGAGUACUUCUGAAGUUAGGAUUGAGGGCUAACUGGAGACGAAGGCUGGGAACUGUAACUUGCCCUGAGUCCAGAUAUCGCAAGCCAGCCCGUACUUCAGGUCUCAGCCCAUGUGGCAAGGAAUGGUCGGGUUUUCUCUCCUCCCCUCUCUUACCAGUUCCUGCUCCCUCCUACGGGUGAACGUUCUCUCCAGAGCUGGGCUGAUUUCCUAGGCUUUCUUCCCUUUCCCUCUGCAGUGCUCUGACGUGCACACCAUGUGACAGGCUUCCUUCUGCUAUAAGCCGAGGAAAGGUCCGCCCUCUCCUGGACUCAGCCCUCGCCUCGCCGAGUUCUGUCCCUAGACUUUCACCCGUCCCGCAUCCUCCUCGCGCCCGACGCUCUGACUUGCUCGCCGGGGGCCCUGCCACUCCCUGCAUAACUGACCCCACCAGGGGCGUUCGGAGUAGGGAAGGUCAAGUCCCCCGCCCGGGCCGGGUGCGCGUGGAGCCAAGGGAGCGCAGAGACCGCCGAGCAACAGCAGCGGCGCAGGAGUUACAAAGUCGCAGCGCGAGCCUCUUCGUCCGCCGGGCAGCCCCCGCGCGCAGCUUGAGCAGCGGCAGCGCUCCCAGCGUGGCGCCCCGGGGCCGGGUCCACCGCCCGGGACCCGGGCUGGGGCGCGGCGGGAGCCCGAAGCCCGGCGCCCCUAUGCGCCGUCUCGCCGCGGCCGUGCGACAGCUAUGACCCUGAGCACGGAGAUGUCCGAUGCCUCCGGCCUCGCCGAGGAGACAGACAUCGACGUGGUGGGGGAGGGCGAGGACGAAGACGACGAGGAAGAGGAGGACGACGACGAGGGCGGCGGUGACGGGCCCCGGCUGGCUGUCCCCGCGCGGCGGCGGCGGCGGCGCUCGUACGCCGGGGAGGACGAGCUAGAGGACCUGGAGGAGGAGGACGACGACGAUGACAUCCUGCUGGCCCCGCGCACUGGAGGCUCCCCGGCGCCCCCAGGCCCAGCCCCGGCGACAGGGGCCGGGGCCGGUGGGGGCGGCAGCGCGGGCACGGGCGCGGGGGGCGGCGGCGGGAGCGCGGGUGGCGGCGCCAAGAACCCGCUGGUGAAGCCGCCCUACUCGUACAUCGCGCUCAUCACCAUGGCCAUCCUGCAGAGCCCCAAGAAGCGGCUGACGCUGAGCGAGAUCUGCGAGUUCAUCAGCGGCCGCUUCCCCUACUACCGGGAGAAGUUCCCCGCCUGGCAGAACAGCAUCCGCCACAACCUCUCGCUCAACGACUGCUUCGUCAAGAUCCCCCGCGAGCCCGGCAACCCCGGCAAAGGCAACUACUGGACCCUCGACCCCGAGUCCGCCGACAUGUUCGACAACGGCAGCUUCCUGCGCCGGAGAAAGCGCUUCAAGCGGCAGCCGCUGCUCCCGCCCAACGCCGCGGCGGCCGAGUCGCUGCUGCUGCGCGGCGCCGGGGGCGCGGGGGGCGCGGGCGACCCGGCGGCCGCCGCCGCGCUCUUCCCACCGGCGCCGCCGCCGCCUCCGCAUGCCUACGGCUACGGCCCCUACGGCUGCGCCUACGGCCUGCAGCUGCCGCCCUACGCGCCGCCCUCCGCCCUGUUCGCCGCCGCCGCCGCGGCCGCCGCAGCCUUCCACCCGCACUCGCCCCCGCCGCCCCCGCCGCCGCAUGGCGCGGCCGCCGAGCUGGCCCGGACCGCCUUCGGCUACCGGCCGCACCCGCUGGGCGCCGCCUUGCCCGGCCCCCUGCAGGCCUCCGCGGUCAAGGCGGGCGGGCCGGGCGCCUCGGCGCUGGCGCGCUCGCCCUUCUCCAUCGAGAGCAUCAUCGGGGGCAGCCUGGGCCCGGCCGCCGCCGCCGCCGCCGCCGCGCAGGCCGCCGCCGCCGUGCAGGCCUCUCCCUCUCCCUCGCCCGCGGCGGCGCCGCCCGCGCCCGCGCUCGGAUCCGGCGGCGGUGGCGGCGGCGGCAGCUGCGCGGCUCAGGCGGCCGUGGGCCCCGCCGCCGCGCUCACUCGCUCCCUCGUGGCCGCCGCAGCCGCCGCCGCCUCCUCUGUCUCCUCGUCGGCCGCCCUGGGGACUCUGCACCAAGGGACUGCCCUGUCCAGUGUCGAAAACUUUACUGCUAGGAUUUCAAAUUGUUAAUAACGCUGUUAGCGCGCUUGAAAGAGAAGCCCGUCUGAGAGAGCGAAGACUUUGGUAAUGGAGGACGUCCGGAUGUCACUGCCGCCCGGGGUGAAGAGUCCUUAGCAGGCGGAACCCAAACGGCACAGGUACUGCUGGCGCGCCUUGCAGCCUUCUGUCACGCAGAGAUUUGAAAUUUCGAUCUGAAAGUAAUGCUGAAGAAAGCGAAAGAACAAACACGUAUGUGUUGUUAUUUGCAUGACGCUUGGAUGUUCUGAAAGCAGGAAAUCCCGGCUAAGCCUUCUCUUUGUUCAGAUUCCCGCAUCUUUAAAAGAGUGCGGGUCCGGGCCCCACCUCCGAGAUUGUCAGUGCCUUUAAGGGAAUGGCAAGUAGGCACUGGCGAUCCAGCGCCGGCCUUGCUUGGGUCCCGGAGUUCGGAUCCCCGCUUUACCCGCGCGCGCUAGAGAGACCGCCAGCGUAUCGUGAGCCUGAGCCAUAAGGAAAAGUAAACCCGACCCGCCUGCCCCAGUCUCGAGUUUUGCGUCCUGCGAAUUCAGCUCCUUCGUUCUCCUAGUUUGGGGUUCCUCGGUCGGCUUUGCUGGCCCUUCGGGCCUGGCCUCCGGGUGGAGGAGACAAUGGGGCAGUGAGGAUCGCGUG